AUGAUAAAGUUAAUUAAAGUGAUUACAAUGUCGAACGAUAAUGCCAAAGUGUCGGAUUCUGGGUAUGCGAAUACUUGUGAAAACAGUCAAUCUCAACGAAAAAGUGGAAGUUCACCCUCUAAUAAAAACAGCAAUCGUUCAGGAAGCAGUGAUGAUUGCGGUGAUCAUCCUUUCAAUUCUGGUAUCAGCAAUGAGGCGCUAACUCAGCCAAUCAGCGAGAUAAACGAUAAAGAACACCAGAAAAAGAAAUCAAAGACAACAACGCCGCUUGGCAGUGGUAAAAAGUCAGCCCUAAAAAGUGUAGGCCAACAGACCAAGACUGGUCUUUAUACAGUAAUCUCAAAUAUAUCAGAUCAAAAGUUUGAAAAAUCAGAAGAAGAAAUAGGUAAUGUAGAGUUGGUGGAUGCUAAGGAACCUGGCGAACACAAUGGCGAUUCAAACUUCAUCAUACCCAAGAGAGACAUUGUUUCUCAAAUCGAUUCUCCGGACAAUAUCAACCCAAAAUUAAAUGAUGGUUUUUAUACGGUGGUAUCGUUGCAUGACGGACUCAUACUCUAUUCGUCAAGUUCACUGCAAACGGCACUUGGUUACCCGCAGAACAGUUGGCUCGGUUGUUCAUUCAUUGACUUUAUCCAUCCAAAUAACAAAAAGUUAUUUAUGGAUAAACUUUCCGAAGGAAUUUUUCUAUUAUUAAACAAUCGUCAAGAAAAUAUUAACGAACAACAAACGAAUUUCUUUUGUAAUUUACGAUGCAAUCCACACAAUAUCCAGAAAAAUGAUGAUUCAGAUGCUAAACAAAAAUCAUUAUAUCAAAUUCAAACAGCAACAGAUAAUGAAAAUACAUUUGUAAAAACAUCAGCUUAUUUACCAUUUCAUAUGAGUUUGUGCUUUAAAAAUUUUCCUGAAUCUAUGGAGAAUGCACAUUCAUCUAUUAUGACUUUAAUAAUAAAAUCUGAGCCAAUACUUUCUGCUUAUGAAGCAGCAGAAAAUAAAAUUACCUCAUUUACAACUCGUCAUAAUGCCAAUUGCCGUUUUACUCAUCUCGACGACGAGGUGGUCCAGUAUUUCGGUUACUUACCUCAAGAUAUGAUGGGACGCUCAGUCUUCGAUUACUAUCACCCAGAGGAUAUGCCUUUUAUCAAAGAGAUCUACAAGACUAUUAUUAGACUUUCUGGAGCGGCUUUCAAAUCGAAACCAUACAGAUUUUAUAUACACAAUGGAGAAUAUAUUUUAUUGGAGACCGAGUGGUCGGCGUUUGUCAAUCCGUGGGAGAAAAAAAUUGAAUUUGUUAUAGGUCAACAUCGUAUUAUUAGUGGUCCGGUUGAUAUAAAUAUAUUUAAUCAAACUCAGCAACAAUUAUCAAUGACUAAUAUAAUGAAUGAUAAUUUGAGUGAAGAAGUUUUGAUUAAAUCAAGGAUUAUUGAGGGCGAGAUCUGUGCCCUCCUUGCCGAGGUAAUAUCCCCUUUUUUAUUAAUUUAUUCACGUGCACAUUUAUAUUAUAAAAUAAAAAUUAAAAUAAAUAUUACAACUUAUUGUUGUACUAUUAAACAGCAUUCUCACGUUGUAUUUUGUGUAACAACAACAAUAAUAAUGAUAACCAAAAAGGUACAAUCAUUGGUUGUACCUAUUUGGUGUCUUUAUACGAAUCCGUCUCUCUGUUUUUCUUCAUCUUAUGAGCAGAGAAUCCAAAGCUGUACUUUCGAUUAUGGCUCGGCUAUGAAAUUCAAAGACAUUGCAUCAUUUGUCGAAAACAAGACUUGUGAUAACGAUAAGAAAUCAUUGCCUACAUCUAGGACACCUGUAAUGUAUACGGAUGAAAUGAGACUUUCGAAACGUAAAGGUGUGAUGGCUGGCGAAAUUUCACCUCCCCACAAAUGCAGUGGAACUAAAUCAUCAAGUGAAACACCGCUGAGUUACCAUCAAUUAAAUUAUAAUGAUAAAAUCGAAAGAUUUUUCAACAGCAAACCGAUAGUUAAUAUUGUACCCGUCAGCGAUGAAAAAAUAUUUCACUCCAAUUCUCGAACUUCAAAUUCAAGUCCAACAAAAAAUGAUAGCGGUGGUAGUGGAAGUGGAGAAUAUUUUAGCAACGGUUCUAAUAAUUUAACCAGCGGCAAAGAUAGACUUAAUAAUAAUAGUAAUUCAACUUCGACAGAUAAUUUUCAGACAAUACCUCUCACUGAAAUAUUACUUAAAAAGCAUAAUCACGAUAUGGAACAACUUAUGGUUCAAAAACAUAAAAAACUUCAGUCAAAUAUUAAGACUGGAAAUAAUAAUGGUACUGAAGAACCAAAAUUAGAAAAAACAAAAGAUAAAAAAAUUCAAGAUAAAAGUCGAAAUGGAAAACGUAAUGGCUGUCUAAUUCUCGAAGAUGAACAUAUUAAGGUACCUAAAUAUAAUGAAAACAAUAAAAAUACGGAAAAGCUUUUGGUAAAAGAACACAGAGAGCGAUUGUCAAGUGUAAAAGCCAGUAGAGUGGAUAUAAAUACUCAAAAAAAACACAGUGGAUCUGAAGAAUCUGAACUUACAAAUUCUCGAAGUAGGCGUGAUAGGAAACGCAAAGCUGGGCAUGUUUGUAAAGAAGAACUUUUUAAGGUACCAAUGAAAAAUAAAAGAAAUAGAAAUAACACUAAAAGUAAUAAUACAACACUGUGUGUGAAAACAAAAAUAGAUCAAUUUGUAUUAAAUGAAGUGCGAACAAGGAAUAACAUGUGGUCACAAUUGCCUUUAGUUUAUCAAAAUACAUUCCAUCCUUCUGGUUUAAAUCAAAUACUGCCAGUUUACUAUGCACCUGUUUCACAAAUACAAAUCGACAGUAAAAACAUGGAAUUUCAAUCAGCUCAAUCAACUCAGCCACAAUAUUCGACUUUAUCAUUCCAACAGUAUCAGUAUCAGUAUCAGUAUCAAUAUCAGCAGAGUCCAUUCGUAUCGUACCCAACAUCAUGUGGCGGAAUAGUGUAUCCAACAAUAAUUGGUGAUGCUAGCUCAGCACCAAUUCCAUUUACUUAUCCAUCUAUGAUGGCUCAGGCACCAAGUCAAUUAGAUAAUUUGCAAAGACCUGUAACUUUAUUAUCGGGAAAACAUUCAACGGAGCUAAAACGGCCGACAAGCCAAGACACUAGUGUCAAAGCUGAACUUGGUAGUAUUAUGGCAACCUCAGAGUCGUCAAAAAAAUUAUUUUCACCCAGUUAUCAUUAUUCGUCUUGUGUCAGUAUAUAUGAUAGAAAUGGACAAAAUGAAUCGAGUAUGGAAGAUUCAAGUGAUUCCAGUUUUUAUGGAAGUUUUUUGAAUACCAGCACUAACAGUAGUUCUAAUUGCAAUGAGAAUGAUUACGCUGCACGUAUUUCAGAGAUAAAUGCAUUAAACAAUGGUGGGGGUGAGUCGACAAACAGACGUUUUGGGAUGAUAAAUAAUUUAAAAAAUGAUAUGACACAGCCUAAUAUGGAAGCAACUACAUCUUCACUGCAAAAGAAAGGCUUGCCGUGGUAUCACAGUGUAAAAAUGACACCUGAAAUAAUAUAUAAUUAUCAAAUGUCUCCAAAAGCUUUAAGUGAAGUUCUUAAAGACGAUCUCCAAAAACUAAAGACAUUUAAACAACCACUUCUCGUAAGCGAUCAAAUAGAUCAGCUUUAUCUUGACCAAGAACUCGAGAGUUUUGGCACUAAACUAACUUUGGAUCGCAGCAACUCGUCAAGUGAAUGCGAUUCUUUUAACCAGAGCACUAAUUGUACAUCUUACGUUUCAUCUCAGCACAAUCUUAUACGAAAAGAAAUGAAGAAUAAUAAGUGCGCAAUUGUAUAUGAAGAAGAUGCACCUUUACCAUUAUUAGCUUAACCGUAAUUAAUUUACCCUCAUUAAUUUUCAACUACACUCAUUUUUUUUCGUAACUAAAUAAUUGAUACAAAUUUUUUUCUACUAUAUGGACUUUUUUUCUGAAUAGUAAUU